AUGGAAGCUUUCAAACCAGAAGCAGAUUGGAGUGAUGGAGAAAUACUACUCGCAAACUACAACUCAAGGGCCCUAAACGCAAUAUUUAGUGGUGUUGAUGAUAAUCAAUUUAAACUAAUAGCGUCAUGUGAAUCUGCAAAGAGAGCUUGGGAAAUCCUUCAAGUCACAUACGAAAGAACGUCAACUGUGAGGACGUCGAAAGUACAGAUAUUCGCUUACCGAAUUGCUGCCAUUGAAGAAGUCAGAGACGUUGACACGCUCAAACUAGACGAACUCAUGGGGAAACUUCUAGCACAAGAACUCAAUCAUGGUGAAAAUCAUCGUGAAAAGUCUAGAGAAAAGAAGAUAGCCUUUCAAGCAGAAACAUCAUAUGCAACGCCCCAAAAUUCGUCAACUCAAGAAGAUGAGCAAACAGUUGAAGAAUCCUUGGCACUACUAUCGAAAAAUUUUGGGAAAUUUCUCAAAAAGAUCGGUAAAAGGGGAAAUCUUCCAAGCAUAGGGAAACCCGUGAACUUUCAAAAUUCGAGGAGAAAUUUAAAUCAAGAUAACUCAGAGGAGUCAAAACCAAGAAUAAUACAAUGUCGAGAAUGCGAAGGCUUUGGUCACAUUCAAUCAGAAUGCGCAAACACCCUGAAGAAAAAGAAGAAAAUGUCACUUACUACUGUUUGGAGCGAUGAAGAAGAAUCUGAUGAUGACCAAGGAAACAACGAUCAAGUCACUAACUUUGUAGCAUUCAGCAGCAAAGUUCCUCUGGACAACUCAGAAUCAACUGUUGCUUCAACUGUUGCAACAGACUGUGAAACAGAAUCCAGGUAUGAAAAUAUGUGUUCUGAUUAUGACAAAAAUCUAAACGAAAAUUCUUCUUUUGCAGAGGAUCCGAACAGCAGCAGUGAUGAGGAAGAACCAACCUUGGAUGAAGUAAAGGAGGUAUAUGAAAAAAUGUACCAAAAAUGGCUCGACGUCGUUAAGGUAAAUAACUUCCUGGAAAAGGAGAAGUUUGUGCUUGUAGAGGAAAACAAGACACUAAAGGUAAGAAUCUCUACUCUUGAGGAAAGGAUCAUAUCUAGUGAUCAAGAGAAAAAUAGUUUGCAGGCUAAACUUACUCAAACUCAAGAAGCAAUUGCAAAAUUGAACUUGGGUAGAGGUAAUCUAGAUGAAAUCUUAAGCAACAACAAGCCAAACUAUAAUCGUCUAGGCAUAGGAGGGAGUCAGCUACCCAAAGUUGAUCUAAAGCGAAAGGAAGAUCAAAACAGAAAAAUCAACUUUGUUAAACAAGGUUCUGUCUCACAAACAGUUGCAACUGUUGAAGCAACGAAACACAAUUCAAAGAAAAGGUUUAUUCCCACUUGUUUUUUCUGUCAAAAUCCAGGUCACAUACGUCCUAGAUGCUUCAAAUAUUUAAAACUUGUGAAAAAGCUUGUGGCUCGUUCUCUUUACUCUGCUAGGGCUGAUUAUUUUCCUUCACCCUCUCAAAAACCCAAAAAUAAAAUUGAUAUUUCCAAUAGACCUCAGCAAAAAAAUUGGGUUGAAAAGUCCACGUUUAAAUGCUUAUCUGCGAUUACUUCUUUAAAAGCAAGUACUACUAAUGAUUGGUAUUUUGACAGUGGGUGUUCACGACAUAUGACCGGUGUUAAAGAGUUUCUGAAAAACUAUCAACAAAUCACCGGUGGAGCUGUUACCUUUGGAAACGGAAAAAAGGGUGAAGUGCUAGGGAAAGGAUCGCUAAAUCAUGAGAAUCUCCCAAAGCUGAAGAAUGUACUACUUGUAGAAGGACUCACGUCAAAUGUGAUAAGCAUCAGCCAGCUAUGUGAUCAAGAUCUUGAAGUCAGAUUCAACAAAUUCGCAUGUCGAGUAUUAGACAAAGACGAGAAUUGUGUUAUUCAAGGAACUCGAUCAUCUGACAACUGCUAUAUUCUUGUCUCUGCUGGACCACUGGAAGAGGAACCAACAAAGGAAUCGGAAAACAACUCCAGUGUCGCACCAACAGUUCCAACAGUUGAUGUAGCCUCUACCAUUUCAGAAGAAAGUGACGUCAAUUCUGAAACAGGAGACGAAGCUGAAGUCAGGCCUCUCGAAUUGGAUGAUCAAACUCACAAGGAACCCUCAAGAAGAGUCAAGAAGAAUCAUCCAGUGGAUCAAGUCAUUGGCCCGGUAGAAGAAGGAAUUCAAACCCGAGGCUUUAGCGAUGCUGAUUGGGCAGGUGAUGCAGACGAUCGAAAAAGCACAACUGGAGGAUGCUUCUAUCUUGGGAACAAUCUCGUGUCCUGGUACAGCAAAAAACUCUUAUGGAUGAGACAACUCUUAUGGAUGAAACAAAUGGUAUGUGAUUAUGGUAUUAGUCAAGAUUUAUUGCAUAUUUAUUGUGACAAUAUGAGUGCAAUUAAUAUUUCCAAGAAUCCAGUACAGCACUCUCGAACUAAGCAUAUUGAAAUUCGCUACCAUUUCAUUAGAAAUCUUGUAGAGGAAGGAACUGUCUCAUUAGAGUAUGUCACAACGGAGAAACAACUUGCUGACAUCUUUACUAAACCCCUAGAUGCACAUAGGUUCGAUUCCUUGCGAAAUUCGCUUGGAAUCUGUAUUGUUUGAUCUGUGCAGUUGCAUAAACUGUUGCAACUGUCUGUGUCCAGACUUGCAACUUUUAGUUUUUUUUUGGACACAUCACACAUACUGCAUUUUGUUCAUCUAAGUUAUGCAUUAGUCAUGCUGCAUGUGAUGAAAACUCUUGUGUAUUGGAUACUAUCUGUACUUUCGAACUUUGUGAGGUAAAACUUCAUCAAUCCCCGAAUGAUAGCUAUAGAGACUUUAGUUUAUUUAAUACUCUUCACAAUCUCGUCAUGGUUUAACACUUUCAUAAGGAAAAGCUGCCUCUCCAAAUGAGUGAAAGCUAUUCUUGAAUUUUUU